AUGCUAGAUAAAAUAAUAAUAUGGAUUCAAGAGCUUCAAUAUUAUCUAGAAGACAUUUAUAGGUUGUUUGAAGAUGAAUUAGUUGAUGCCAAACACGAAUUAAAUGCAAUAGAUUUUGAAAAUUUCUGUGAAGCAUUACGAACUAGAAUAGAGAGUGCAUUAGAUAGAUUUGUUAAAUGGAUAGAGGUUUGGGUUCAUUUACCCUUAAGCAUUUGUCGAUUAGAGCUCUCUUAUAUCCAAAUUUUGAAAGAAGAUUUGUCUAAUGAACGUUCAACUACAUUUGGAUUAUUAGAAGCAUUAAGACA